GACCUCGCGGACCUCGGGACGUUCCCCGCAAGAUCUGAUGGGAGGCAGCAAGCUUGAGGAGAGUCAGGGGGCAAAGACAGAGCAGACGAGGAAGGGGAUUAAAUACGGGGCGUGCCUCUCCUCUUUGCGGCGGAUUUGAAGCUUGACGACCGGAGCUGGUGCUUUUUUGGACGACCUUAUACUAAGAAUUGAGCCAGAACGUCCUCUGACGUCUUUGCAAAUAUGGGGAAACGAACACAGUCGCCAGCCUACGUCCUAGGCGUUGGCAUGACCAAGUUCAUCAAACCGCGCGGAAAGGUCGACUAUCAUGAGCUAGGCUUUGAGGCUGGUGUCAAGGCUAUGCUGGACGCCCACAUCACCUACGACGACGUGGACCAGGGAGUUGCAUGCUACUGCUACGGAGACAGCACCUGCGGCCAGCGAGUCUUCUACCAGUUCGGCCUAACCAAGAUUCCCAUCUAUAAUGUCAAUAACAACUGCUCUACCGGUUCAACGGGCCUGGCCAUGGCCCGCACCAUGGUCUCCCACGGUGCUGCCGACUGCGUUCUCGUUGUUGGCUUUGAGAAGAUGAGCCCCGGUAGUCUCUCUUCCAAGUUCGAUGACAGGGAGAACCCUACUGGUAAAUUGGGCGAAAUGAUGUUUGCUACCAGAGGAGUCACCAAUGCGCCGGGAGCAGCCCAGAUGUUUGGAAAUGCUGGUGUCGAAUACAUCGAGAAAUACGGCGCAAAAGCCGAGGACUUUGCAGAGAUCGGCCGAAUUAACCACGAACACUCGAAGCGAAACCCAUACUCCCAAUUCCAAACCGAGUACACCCACGAACAAAUCUCUAAAUCCCCCAUGAUCCACUUCCCCUUAACCAAACUCCAGUGCUGCCCAACUUCAGACGGUGGUGCUGCAGCCGUAGUCGUCUCACAAGCAUUCCUCGAUGCUCGACCACACCUCAAGGACCAGGCCAUCCUGAUUGCCGGCCAAUGCCUCGCAACAGACACUCCCUCAGUAUACAACGAAAGCUCCAUAAGUCUCAUGGGCUUCGAAAUGACUCGCUACGCCUGCAAGACCGCAGCUGCCGAAGCCGGAAUUAACGUCAAGGACGUCAAGGUCUGCGAACUACAUGACUGUUUCUCAGCGAAUGAAAUGAUCACCAUCGAUGCCCUGGAACUUUGCGAGCCAGGAAAGGCCCACGAGAUGGUGCGAAAGGGCGACAUCACAUACGGCGGGAAGAUGGUCAUAAACCCAUCCGGCGGCCUGAUUUCAAAGGGCCACCCUCUCGGCGCAACUGGAAUUGCCCAAUGUGCAGAGCUAGUCUGGCAUCUUCGUGGAUGGGCCAACAACCGGUUGGUCAAGGGCACUGAUGUCGGAUUGCAGCAUAAUCUUGGCCUUGGCGGGGCCGUCGUCGUUACUGUGUAUAAGCGGGCAGAUGGCAAGGUAUCGCAGCCUGUAGCAAAUGAAGAAGUAGGGAAGAUUAAUCAGCUUGGGUACAAUCCUGCCGUUGAAGCAAAGGGAUUCACGGCUGAACAAGCGGCAAGGGUGCUCAGCAAGGAAAACCGCAGCGAUUGGGCUAUGGGAGACACCCAAGAGAAGGUCCUAGCCCGUUUUUAGACGCUUCGAUCUACACUGCCCUUGGUUUCCUCUGAUAUACUCUAUACCCCAAUGCAUAUAAUUCAUUUCUUUAUCUUCCUCGGCUUGCUGGCUCAUACCAGCUCUUAUAUCAGAGUAUAUGAUUAUGCUAAGAGGAUGUCUGUGCCACCAACAUACCAAUGGCACUAUCUCCCCUUUCCUAUCGUCAGAUAACUUAAAACUCCCAAGCCUUAACCAUGUAGUACUACAUUUUACGAAUGUUUCAAUUAUUAUUCUUGAGAUACCUUUCCACUGGAACUCAACCUCCAACCCUAAAAUAUCUUGUGCAUCACAGCCUUGUAUCCAAAUCCAAGCAAUAUGUCCACGGUUACAUGUCUACUCACUACAAAGUCAAAAAUACACUUACGACGUAGGACCUGGCAGACACACAGAGAUAAGACGUCACGCCGCCAUCCACCUCCUGAAACCUCGAGAGAUCUUCCAGAAGGAAAAAAGAAUAUUCUUGAGACUGAUCUUGAAGUUUCCCGUAUAUCUAUCUAUACUUGUCUGUGCCACCACGGCAGGCUUCAAGCUCCAGAAAAUGGAGGCUUGA